GGCAGGGCCGAGCGGAGCGGCUGGUGUGUGUGUGUGUGUGUGUGUGAUGGUUCCCUGUAAGUAGGAAGGGCGGCUGUGUCUUUAAGUGACAGAAACCAAAAGAAGAGGCAAUCAGCGCCGUCGCUGGGUCGCUUAUCUACCUGUGCUGGGACCCACCGGGGAUUUCGAUAUGAUUUUUGUUAAAGUGGCUCUCAUGUUCUGCCUCCUGACAGAUAUCUCAGGUCAGUCUGGGAACCCAUUGAACAAAUAUAUUCGUCAUUAUGAAGGUCUAUCAUAUGACACAGAGGCCCUGCACAGCAGUCACCAGAGAGCAAAGAGAGCACUCUCUCCUGCAGAGAGGGCCGUGCACCUGGACUUCCACGCACACGGAAGACAAUUUAACUUGCGGAUGAAGAGGGACACAUCUCUAUUUUCUCCAGAUCUCAUCAUUGAGGUGUCAGGAGUGGAGUCACCUGUUGAUACUUCGCAUAUAUACAGCGGAGAAAUCUUUGGUGAAAAGGGCACAUUGACCCACGGCUCCUUGGUUGAUGGACGCUUUGAAGGCUUCAUUAAAACCCACCAAGGAAUGUACUAUGUUGAACCCUCAGAGAGGUACCUACAGGACAAGAAUGUUCCCUUCCACUCUGUAAUCUAUCACGAGGAUGACAUCAAUUAUCCCCAUAAGUAUGGUUCAGAGGGCGGCUGUGCUGACCACUCAGUGUUUGAGAGGAUGAGGAAGUACCAGGUGUCGGCAGAAGAGGAGCAAGCCAAAGGGAUGAACAACGUGUUGGAGGAGGAGCACGUCCAUGGUCCUCUCAUUCUGAGGAAGAGGAGGGCAACAGGGAAAGAGAAAAAUACCUGCCAGCUCUUCAUCCAGACAGACCACAUGUUCUUCAAAUACUACGGAACAAGAGAGGCUGUCAUUGCCCAGAUCUCCAGCCACGUGAAGGCUAUCGACUCCAUUUACCAGGCCACAGACUUCAUGGGCAUCCGAAACAUCAGCUUCAUGGUUAAAAGGAUCAGGGUUAAUGACACCAUUGCUGAAAAGGACCCAAGCAAUCCUUUUCGCUUUGCCAAUAUCGGAGUGGAGAAGUUUUUGGAGCUUAACUCUGAACAGAACCAUGAUGACUACUGCCUGGCCUACGUCUUUACUGAUAGGGACUUUGAUGACGGUGUGCUCGGCUUAGCUUGGGUUGGGGCUCCCUCAGGAAGCUCUGGCGGCAUCUGUGAGAAGAGCAAACUGUACUCUGACGGAAAGAGGAAAUCUCUGAACACUGGUAUCAUCACUGUGCAGAACUAUGCCUCCCAUGUCCCUCCCAAAGUGUCACACAUUACCUUUGCUCAUGAGGUCGGGCACAACUUUGGCUCUCCUCAUGACUCUGGAAUUGAAUGCACCCCAGGAGAGUCAAAGUUACAGGACAAAAAGGAGCAGGGUAACUACAUCAUGUACGCCAGAGCCACAUCUGGAGACAAGCUCAACAACAACAAGUUCUCUAUCUGCAGCAUCCGCAACAUAAGUGCUGUGCUGACGAAGAAGAGAGACGACUGUUUUGUUGAGUCUGGCCAGCCUAUCUGUGGUAAUGGACUCGUGGAAGCUGGAGAAGAGUGUGACUGUGGCUACAGCGAUCAAUGUAAGGACCCCUGCUGCUAUAACGCCAAUGAAGAGGAUGGUAAAAAGUGUAAACUCCAACCUGGCAAAACCUGCAGUCCAAGCCAAGGCCCAUGUUGCACAGCAGAGUGCACUUUCAAAAUGACAAAUGACAAGUGCCGACAGGAGUCCGAAUGUGCCAGAGAGGGCACAUGCAAUGGAGCCACGGCUCUGUGUCCUGCCUCAGAACCAAAGGAAAACUUCACAUCUUGCCAUUCAGAAACACAAGUCUGCCUCAAUGGGGUCUGCUCAGGUUCCAUUUGUGAGAAGUAUUCUCUUGAGGUUUGCACCUGUGCCAGCCAAGAUGGCAAGGAUGAGGCAUCUGAGCUGUGCCACGUGUGCUGCAUGGAGAAAAUGAAACCCAGCACCUGCAGCAGCACAGGCUCAGAGAAGUGGGAAAAAUUCUUCAACAAGAAGAUCGUGACACUGCAGCCUGGCUCACCCUGCAAUGACUUUAAGGGCUACUGCGAUGUGUUCAUGAGGUGUCGUCUGGUGGAUGCCGAUGGGCCGCUGGCAAGGCUAAAGAAAGCCAUCUUCAAUGCGGAGCUCUAUGAGAAUAUCGCAGAAUGGAUAGUGGAUCACUGGUGGGCAGUGCUGUUGAUGGGCAUUGCUCUUAUUAUGCUAAUGGCUGGUUUCAUCAAGAUCUGCAGCGUCCACACCCCCAGCAGCAACCCCAAACUGCCCCCACCAAAACCACUGCCAGGUACACUGAAACGAAGAAGACAACAGCAAGCAAACCAACAGGCCCAGGGCCAGCGCCCACAACGCCAGCACAGAGAGAACUAUCAGAUGGGACAGAUGAGACGCUGAGACACUGGUCAGCUCUUUGCCUUAGUUCUUCCUAGUGCCUACAAUGGGAGCACUUCACUCCAAAGAGUUACAUUUACCAGAACAUUCAAAGAACUUGUAACUGAAACAUUUUCACUGGACAAAAGCCUGAAGUUUAAAUUUUUUGAUAGUUUAGUUUUUUGGGCCGAAUAAACUUGCUAAGCUCCUCUGCUCUGAGAGCCAGAUCAGCAGUGGUUCACACAGCUUUUAUUGGAAAUAUUUUUUCCAAGGAGGGACAUGAGCAGAAAUUCACUGCUCUGUUAUGUGGUCUUAAUCGUUUUUCUUUUUGUUUUGAGGAGAGAAGCAGCUUUGUGUCAGAGUUUGCCUUCCUCUGUCUGUGCAACCUUUUUCUUUCCUGUUCUUCCUCUCCAAAGUGCUGCCAUCAUCAGCACAAUAGCAGGACUGCAAGUCGCAUGAGUUUUUUCCACCAAUCAGAAACAACAGAGACAUUUUCUUGGAAUAAAAAAUAUAUAAUUGCCAAUGUAAUUAGAUUGUUUAAAAAUCAAAACACUAUCAGAAACUGAAGCUUUUCAUUUCUAAAGCAAACAUGUUCCUUCAGUGUGCAAUUGUACAGAUGUGACAGUCGAUUUUUCUCCUUCGAAUGAACCUGAUCGUCUGUAUGAUGAAGAUUAUUAUUGUUUUAAUUCACUUUCUCAGGAUUAUUAACACAACAGCAAACAUGUGUGUUGGGUGGGAAAGAUGGCUGCAUGCAUAUUUCAGGGUAAAGUCCCUCCUGGCUGAUGCCUGUGCAGAAGGGUUAGUUGUUGGUGAAGAAGAUGUAGAUUAUAGAGUCAUCUGUCGCAGAUGGAGGGUUGUGGCAGGGGAGAUAUAUUUUCUAGAUAUGUAUUUUUCUUGUUGUCAUGGUUCUGCAGCUGUGUUUACAUAAUAGUCUUUAGUCUGGGGCUGGAAUAAAUGGUGAGAGAAUAUAUAGCUUUUAUCAACCUGAUUGUAUCAAACUUUUAACUUUUACAAACUCGUAGUCUUUAAGAAAAUAAUAUCUGUUGAAACCACUCUCGGCUGGUUGGAUCCUCUCGGUCUCUGUAGCCAGAUGAAGAACCUCUCGGGUUUAAAUGUGAUUGUGGAUUUUGCUUUUAUUGCUUUUUACUUGCAGUUCAGAUUAUUUUGUAUAUCUGGAAAAGUUGACUCAACUGAGGGAAACUAGAGAUUCUAAUUUUAUUGUUGUUGCUGUUGCUGCUGGUAGCGGACACUUACCAGAGUGAACAAUCAAUACGUGUCGGCCAUUUCUUCCUCUGUUCUGUCGUUUUUCUACUGAUUGGGAUUUUCUCAAGGCACCUUGUUAUCCUUAUUACGCCCCUUGGUUUAUCUAAUUACAUUAAAAAUGUGCCUACCCAGAAUAGUGUGACUGAAAUUGGUGAACUAGUGUCAGGGAGCUUUACUUAGGCUGGAGCAGCGCAGUGCUGGAUUGUUCAUUUGUUGUGUGCACUGCAGAAACUGAAAGAUGAAAUGUGCUCGAAAUGAUGAGGCCUAGGACAACGCAUGAUUAUCACAGGAAAUGUAAAGGAUGAUUGAUUUACACACAACCAAAUGUUACCAACAUAGAAUUUCAGAUUAUAUUCCACGGUUUCAGCUUGUAAUUAGUAUUUACUUUCUAUGGUAUCAUAUUAAUGUCCAGCCCUGCUUUGGCUUAAUUUGAGUUUUCAGUUGUCGUCGGUCACCUUCACUGACAGAUUGAUGAGAGUUGCGUUACUGGCAAAUAUAGAAAUAAAUAUAUAUAUAGUUUUUUAAAGUUAUUUUAUGAGGGAGAACUUUGUCAAAGGAUACUUAUAUAUCUCGACCUUGUGAAAGAGUUGUAUGAAGCACAGCUACAGCUCCACAUUGUUUUCUGUGCAGGGUGCGAGGAUGUUGUUAAAAUCAGAUUCUAUGCAGACGGUCACACAGCACUAACGUUGGCCUCUUCACAAAGAAAUGCCUUCAUCGAUUUCUUUCUCCUAGAUGAAUGCGUGAAGAAAUUCUAUUGUGUUUUCAUAACAAGAUAGUUUUUCAUGCUACUGCAAAGUUUGCAGUGCAACCCUCUAUUGCUUCUUUUGCUGAUUCUGUUUGUUGUUUGGUGCUACGGGGUCAGAGCCUGAACUAUAUUCUUGAUUCUCUUUGACUUGUGUUCAUGUGUGUGUGUGCGUACGUGUGUCUUUCCUGAAUCAUCGUUUUCUCUGUGUUGCUAUGGUAUGGUGUGGACAAUAUGUGGGUGUUUAGGGUAAAUACUCUGGGAAAAUUCUUCUUUGCUUUCACAUUUCUGUGAUGUUAAGAAAACGUGCACUGAAGUGUAAGAGGUGUAAACUGAGACUCCAAACCAGUAAAGGUUCAGAACUGCUGUCUGAUUUUAAUGUCUUCUGUGUUUUAUACAGUGUCUUUUUGUUUUGAAUUUACUUAUUUUGUUCUGUUUCCCCAACACGCUUACUUUGAAAAUUUUACAAAAUUUGCAAAGGUAUUGUGCAAAUAUAUGAUUUUUCUUUGAACUACUUGAAAUACAUUAAUAAAACAUAA